AUGGCCGGUCAAGGCAAGUCGCAUGACAUCGAUGCUCCAAUAAAACCAUGUAAAAGAUGCAGAAACAUUGCUCAAACUGGGCAAAAGUGUAUAAAAUGUGAUACUGUGACACAUUUCAGUUGUGUGAAGAAUUUGAAAAAUGUAAUUGUACUGAAUAGUGAAGAAAUAGUUUGUUGCGGGAGUGAUAUACCGGUAAACGACAACAAUGAUGGCCCAUUUUAUGAUGCUAAAGACGAAAUAUCACAUCAAGAAAACAAAACAGAUUAUCAGGUAUUCAAUUAUAUUAUCAAACAAAAAGAUGUUAUCAUCUCGGAACUGUUAGAUAAAAUCGAUCUUCUUCACAAACACAUCGAAUUAAUCAGUGAAAAUAAUAAAUUAAAAGUUGCUUUAUCGCAAAAUUCCAAAUCAGCGAACGAGUCAACGACAUCUGAAAUAAAAAGCGACACAGCAAAAAAUAAUCUCAUGCCAGUCGAACAAAAACCGACUGCUAAAUCCAUUGUAGUAAAUAAAACCAAUAAAAACUAUACAGGGAAUUCCCAAACAAUGAAACAAUCUACUGAUAAGAAAGAAAAAGGAGAAGGAAACUCCCAAACAACACCAACAACAACAAUAAGAAAUACAGAUGUUUCAUUAGGACUGGCAAGAGAAGAAACCAGAUUAAAAAUGAAUGAUUAUAUUCAUCUGAAUAUCGAUCUGAAUAAUGGUAAAAGUAGCCAAAACCGUCCAAACAACCAUCAAUUACUAAACCCAGAACCAAACAAAAAUCCAAGCAGCUCCUACGAAAACUCAAAAAUGACAAAUCCUAGCCAUCAGGGUCAUGGAAAUGAAUGGGAACAAGUCAGGAAUAGAAGAGGAAGAAAGCAUCGUGUUAUUAUUGGAAAAAACACUGAGAAUAACCUUGUGAAAGGUGUUCCAAAAUUCACGACGUUACACGUUAGCCGAAUUAAUAAGGAUACAACGAGUGAAGCCUUGACCGAAUUACUUCACAAGCAUUUUCCGGAAGCCACUUGUGAAGCAAUGAACUCAAGGUAUCCAGACUCCUAUUCAUCAUUUAAAGUGAAGAUUAGAAAUGAUAAUUUUAAUAAAGCCAUGGAUCCAGAAGUGUGGCCAUACGGCACCUGCAUCAGUCGUUUUUUAGAGAGAAGGAGACAAACGACGCCAAUGAUAUAA